AGAGCGGGUGGUGCCUCGCGGGCUGAUAAGUGCUCACUAUAAAUCCUCAAAGGGGGAAUUGAGAGCAACUAAUACCAGCUGCUGCAGAAACCUGAGGAUGCUUUUCUGUCGCGCUCCGCUCUUCUGGCACCCCGCAAAUCUGAAACAAAUGACAGACUGCUGCAUCCAUGUGGGAAUAAAAGAGUAACGAGCAAAAUGAUACUUUUAACUGCAGUUGGAUCACUCAGCGCUUCUGGUCAAUCCUGGAUUUUAAACUGAUCUUUUUCACGGAGACUAUCUGGAAUUACUGGGAUGGCCAAUGUGUCAUUAAUACAUUUGGGAAUUUUGCUUUUUAUUGGACUAACAGUCGCAAUGGCCAACGGCUUUUCCUCGUUUCAUGAAGAUGCGCUCGUGAAAAACACCGCGAAGGAUUUAAUUAAAGUAUCAAGUGCGACUCCUAAGCAGUUUGGUGAUUCUGCUAAUAAACCUGGAGCGUGUUAUUUCUGCCAGCUCCUAAAACCACGGAGGAGAGCCAAGAGAUGCACAUGUUACACCUACAAAGACAAGGAGUGUGUUUACUACUGUCACCUGGACAUCAUCUGGAUCAACACACCAGAGCGCACUGUCCCAUAUGGCAUGUCAAGUUAUAGAGGCUCCCAGCGGGUACGGCGUUCUGCUGAGGGCAGCGCAGGAGGUCAGCGCUGCGCGUGUGCUUUACACAGCGACCAAGAGUGCACCACUUUCUGCAGUCAGAGUAGGGGCAGGUCAACAUGAUCAUCGAUUGGAGCACAGCUAAACUGAUAUUCACACAUCUGUUGGACUGCCUCUUCAUUCUUCUGUCCCAACACCUGGAGAAUCACCUCAGAGAAAAGGUUCAUAUCUGUCCAAAAGGAAGGCCAUCAGAAUUCCAUUACGGAGAGGGAGAAUUAAAGAGCUGAACGAAGGAACAGAAUGUUUUAGGGAGUACUUAUGUAAGAAUUACAUAACAGCAGCUAAGCUAAAGAAGAAGCGAUGCAUGGAUCGCCACUCUCAGUGUGGCCAUGUGUGUCUUAUGCAUUUAAGUGAAAUGUCUGUGAUGGUCUGAAUUUGACUUGCCACUAUGAUCUGACUUCCAAAUCAGACAUGCAUGGUGGGGUUGGAUAAGCAUUUUAAUGCAGGAUAAAUAAACUUUUUAGACCAAUCGCCAUCAUGUAAUGUGUAAAUGACUUUCUUAAAAUAUGUCUUGAACAAUAUAUUUAAAAUAAAAUGUACUGUACAGGAAACUCUUCACUGCAACAUUGGCUUAUUCUAAAAAAUAUGUUUGUAUUUAAUAUGGUCUUUCAUAAUUUGAUACAUGUAUUAAGUGUCGUUGUGAGUAUAAAUAAUUAACGGACAGACAAAAGGAAAGCUCCUGGCUCUCUCAGAGCAUAAAGGAAACCAUGUAUUUCAUGACUAACCACAAGAUGUCCAUUUUAAAUGCCACAAUAAUACACAACAUAUGAAUAACUGUCUGCGAUACAGAGUAUAUUCAAUAGAUUAUAUAUUUAUUACACUAACCAAACAUUUUACAAUACAUUCUCCAAAUUGAAAUAAAAUUACAAUAUUAUAUUAUAUUUCAAACCAUUACAAGAUAAACCAUCCUUUAUUUAUUCAAAGCUUUUAGUCUUUUUUUUUUUUUUUUGAGUCAAAAAACAAAAAAAAACAAAAAGAUGAAACUGAUAAAAUGCAUUAACUGAAAUGGAUUGUGCCUGUUCUCACUUUUCAUGGCCGACAUAUAGGUCAUUUGUGCAAAAAGUCCUGUAGAGAUUCUCUGUUUAUUGUUAAAUUAAAACCUUUUCUGUUUUUGUAUCCAUGAGUUGUAUUAUUGUUUGUCCCUAUGGAGCUCAACUGUGAGAAACAAACAUUAAACUAGAGAAUGUUGAGAUUAUUCUGCUGAGCUAAUUUGAAACUUGCGGCUCAAAUGUAAAAUGAAUGCCUUCUGGCCUCAGGCUAGAAUACGUUCUCAUUACUUCACAAAGGUACGUCUUAUCCUUUCACACGGGGGGCCAGGCAAGAAUUGUUUGCUGUCUUGGAAUGUGCCCUCAAUACACCCUCCUAACCGAGAAAUAAGAGGUCAGACUCAUUUCCCAUGGUGCAUGAUGGGAGAAACACAGAGAAGUGUACAUCAAAAACAGGUGUAUCACAGUUCUCAUCUAGAAAUAUUGUGUUCAAAGAUAAUAGGCUUUGUGAUUUUACAUUACUUCAACUCUUUAAUAUUGUGAAGAUCAAGCCAAAUGAGAAUGACACAUUUCACAGCUUAUCUGUGUAAAAGCACUUUUUCACAGACAUCUAUCUACAGCAAUGGCAGUAAAACUUAAUUUUGACCUGAAAUAUGGUAGUUUAGUGAAUGAGAAGGCUGGCCAGGCUUCAAUGAUCUAAAAACAUACCAGUUUUUUUAACUGUAAAAUAAAAUGAAUGGGCAUUUGGAUCCUAAAGAGAAAUAUCUCAUUGUUUUACACACAACCUUAGAAAACAUCGCAUUCAUAAUACUACGUAAUUGAUGCAAUAAUGAUGCGUUAACGAAAAUGUCUUUUUGUUGGCUGCAUGCUGAUUUCAGGCCAGUACUCAAACAUUUAUUAUACUCAGCCGACAGAGAAUGAACAAUUUCUCAGAUUUUUACAAGACCACCAAGAGACGGACCAUGAGUGAGGUUAAUCCACAUGAAUCUAUCACCAAAAACAAAACUCGUUUAACAUGUGUUGAGUGAGAAAUUUAGUAUUUCUAUUCAUAUGACCAUAGCGAAGCCUGACUGCAGAAAAUCUCCCCGGGACAGUCCAUAUUUUUCCUGGAGCAUUCAGUUACUUUUUUGCUUGAUGUGUCCCCUUCAGGAUGACUUACUGCACUUUAAGGCUGAUUUUGGCUCAUUGGCACAUUUUAUCUGCAGAGCAUGACAAAGCUACUAUAGAUGAUAGCUAUAAUAGUUUAAACAGAGACAUUCUCAUCCGAGAGAACAAGCAAUGCAUUUGUUACC